CGGUCAAUAGUCUCAAUUUGGUGUGAAAUUCGAAAAAACCUCAGGAAAAUUCAGUGAAAAUGUAUCAAGGACGCCAGCUAUUAGUACUAUUAAAGCGUUUCGAAUCGCUCCGUUCAGUGAGAAACCUCUCGGCGUCUUCGAGUAUCUAUCAACAAGCGCAAGAAAUUCUCAAGAUUGUGGAUCCGUACUCAAAAAUUAAAAUCCGCUGCAACUGCAACCUCAAGAUUGUUCCCUACGACCUGCUGGACUGUCCUGAUUCGAAUCUUCUCAAGGCAUCAUUUAACAGUGCCGCUGACGACAAGCUUGACGUCGAGAUAAAUGGCAAUGAAGUGGUAAUCUCCGACAGCGGUGUACCUUCCACUCCCCCGGUGAGCUGUAUUCUGGAGGUGCCGAUCAAAGCGAAUCUCGAGGUAUUGAACAAUGGCAGUACAGCAAUUUCCGAUCUGUACAGCGACGAAAUUCGUGUCGAAUCUGGGGGGAAUGUUGAAACCAAGAGCCUCCGAUGUACGCUGAUCGAUCUGAGAAGCUCGGAUGGAAACAUUUCCUGUGUCGGGACGACGUUGGCUCAAAUUAUCAAGGUGGUCACAACCGGCAAGGGAAGUAUCUUGCUAGACAAACUGCAGGGAGGCGAAGUGGAAGUGGAGACCUAUUCCGGGGACAUUUCCGUGAAUUCCAGUUACUCGAACAAUUCGAGCUACAGAACGAACCAAGGCAAUUUGCUGCUUAAAAGUAUUCACAAAUCGUGCCAGGUUGUUUCCAGCGGCCCCGGACGUUUCAUUAUGAACGGCUUCUAUGGGACCCUCAACGCAAACGUUGCCAGUCGAGAGGUAUCGCUGCAGCUUUCGGAAACCGUGGGUGAAUGUACUGUUUUGGCCAAAUCAGCCGAUGUCUUUGAUCUAGCCGUUAGUGACACCGUGUACGAUAAUACGGAAAUCCACAUUACAUGUGACCAGCUGGAAGUUGAACCCGGUUUGACGGGGGAUCAACAUGCGGAGCUGAACGAUGCGGGUCAGGUAAGCGUGGGGAAUAAAACCACCGAGAAUAAGCUGAAUGUUGAAGCCGCCGGGUUGGUAACGUUGAGGAAGAUGUCCUGGGCAGAUACGUUCGGGUUUGCUUUUAAGAAGGAAUAAGUUGCAUUUAUAAUAGUGUUGAUUGAGGUAGCAAAUAGA